UCAUUGACUCAUUCUAGAUCGAAAUCAGUUAAUUGGAGCUGUUUUUUCAUUUGUUAUUACAUUUCACACGGUAAUGGUUGACUACACAGGUUAGAAAACCUGACUUGACAAGACAACAUGGCAACUGAUGGCAGGCUAGAAGAAGUAAAGGCGCUGAUUACGGCCCAUCAUGAUUUCCCCAAGAAAGGAGUCUGUUUCAGGAAUAUAUUCCCAGUGUUACGGGAUCCGAAAGGUUUUAAGACAUUAUGUGAUUUGAUGGUUGAACACAUCCAAUCGAAAUGUUCGAAUGUGGAGCUUAUUGUCGGUCUUGAUUCAAGAGGGUUUUUAUUUGGACCAAUCAUAGCCCAGAGAUUAAACAUUGGUUUUGCUCCGGUAAGAAAAGCCGGGAAGUUACCGGGCGAAAAGUUUAAAGUCAGCUAUUCUUUAGAAUAUGGUCAGGAUAGUUUUGAAAUAGAGAAGAAUUCUGUGAAACCGGGACAGAAAGUGGUGAUUAUUGAUGAUCUUAUAGCUACAGGAGGAAGUAUGAAGGCAGCAUGUGAACUGAUAGAAAUGGCUGGUGCUGAUGUGGUCGAAUGUUAUCUUGUAAUAGAACUUGUAGAUCUUAAAGGAAGAGAUAAAAUAAACAAACCUGUCACUUCAUUAAUUCAAUAUUAAUAUCAUUAAUAACACCCAUCAAAGGUCAAAGGUCAAUCUAGAUAGAACCAUUAUAUGAUUUGGCGAAUGCCAAAUGUUCACAAAUUUUCAAUAAAUUUUGGAUUGAAUUUUCUUUUAAAGAUUCAAGCAGUUCGGUGGUCGAAUGGUUAAAGUGUCGUUGGAUCAUAAUGUCUGUCAUUGGGUGGUUUUGAUUCCCUGCUUGUGCAUGACAUCGAAUAGGGUUGCCUGUCCAACUUUGUGGUCCUCUGGUUUCCUGCCACUGCUAAAGCCCCCUGUGUGCAAGCAAGGGAAUCAUUGAAAUAAAAUUGAACCACAUGUUAGUUCCGAAAUGACUUGAUAUGACCAUCAUAAAACAUAUGUAGGGUUGCUAUAAGCCAGUUGCUCCCAAUUUGGUCCAGGGCUAGGGCAAUCUAGUCUUGUAAAACAGCAUUCAUUUCACUUAAACAAAUCUUUGCUGUGAAUUCGGGGGCCGGUCCAAAAUGUUCACAAUCGGGCCACAGAGCUCCUAGGGUCAGCCCUGAACAUGUGCACCCUGAUAUUUUCUAAUAUUUUCUGGGCCACCAGAAGGCAUAUAAUUUGACUUGUGAAUGCAAGAAUUAAUAAAUUGAAUGAGCAUAUGAAUUUGAAAAAACUGAAUUUUGAACAGAAAAUGAUACACCUGCUUACCAUUGUUUUUAGUGAUUAACCUUUGACCUUAUGUUGACCUGAUGAAGGUCAUGUAUUCUGCUUGACUAGAUAUUAAUCAUUUCCAAUCUAAUAUACUGUAAGCAAUAUACUGAUAGCAAUAUUUAAUUAUUUAUAUUUAUAGCAUUAUUAUGCUCAAAAGCGGUAAGGGCAAUAGACAGUUUACUCAAAUCUAGACAGUUUAUCCAAUUCUAGACGGUUUACCCCAGUCUAGACAGUUUACCCCAGUCUUGAUAGUUUACUAAGUCUAGAAAGAUUACCCAGUUUAGAUAGUUUGCCCCAGUCUAGACAGUUUACCCCAGUCUAGACAGAUUACUCAAGUCUAGAUGGUUUACCCAAUUCUAGACAGUUUAGACAGUUUACCUGAGUCUAAAAGUACAUGUAUAAUUUAAAUUAGACCCUACUUUUAAUUUUUUGUUUGUUAGUUGUAUUUACACUACCUUAAGAUCGAACAUCAUCAUUAACAAGUUUGUACCUGACCUGACUUGACCCCUCAUAUAGCCAAAGAAAUAUUUAAAUUUUACAUAAAUCUGAUUUUAAUUCGAUUCAAUUUCAAACUUCACAACAUGAUAAUGAAUUGAAUAUUAUUAUAAAUUGUUUCAAUGGCAUUUAGUAAUUAGAAUACACAGGUCACAUUUCUAUGGAAUACAAUUACUGGGGUACUGUUUAUUAUUGACCAUUCCCCAGUUCUACAUGACAAGGAGUAGGGUCACCUCUCCAACUUCGUGGGUUUUCUCUGGGUCCUCCGGUUUCCUCCCACUGAUAAAGACCUCUACGCGCUAGCGAAUUAUUUAAAUAAAAUUGAACCAUAUGUUAGUCCCGUAAUGACCUAGUUUGUGUUGAGUGGAGGUUAAACCUCCCCCUCUGUCUCUCUCUCAACUAGACUUCUCCUGUCAUUAUCAAGCAAUGUUUCUCAGUAAUAAUCAGUGAUUGUAUUCCAUCGUGACCUGUGAAUACAACCUGAUUAAAACACAGAUCCUAUUUUGUUUCGUUUUUUUAAAGUUCAGAAUUUCAUUUUACUUGGGGAAUCACGUGGCUAAGUGGGUAAGACGUUGGCUCGCUAGCCUGGAGGUCGGGUGUUCGAUCCCUGCAUUGGCCGAGAAAGUUCAUCCAGAUUUUCCAGCGUGGUUUCCCCCUUGUCAGUGAUGCAGGAUGGAGGGCCUGACAAGGACAGCUGUCUAGUCGUUCGGAUGGGAAGAAAAACCGAGGUCCCGUGUACACUUUGGCGUGCACGUAAAAGAUCCCUUGGUAGUUGGAAUUCGAUAUAAGAGUAGGCCGUAGUGCCGCUUCCCGGGCAAAAUUUCCCUCAUAGCACACUGUAUGGCGUAUGCCCGUCUUCAUUAUCCCAGUUUAGGAGCAGAACAGUAGGACGUUAAACCCCAUUUCAUUUCAUUUCGUUUUACUUGUCUUUACUACACUAGGAUCUGAAAGAGUUAUAUUACCGGCGUAUUGAUUGAUGUGAGGGAUCAGCCAAUGAAAUGGUGACCUAUCACUACAACCGAUCAGAUUUCCAUGUAGUGUAGGCUAUCGAAAGUAUAAAAAAUGAAACGAAAUAUAGAUUUGUAUUUUAAUCAGAUUGCCUGUGAAUAUUACUAUAUUUUAUUGAAGCAACAGAGUUCUAAAUGUGAUGAAAUCAACGAAUUGUGAAUAUGUCAAUCAUACUGCUAUACGUUAAUGUUUGUUUGUCGCAAUUUUUAGCUUUAUGUUUAUCCAGUGUGUUGUAAUAAUUUUAUAAAGUUAAAAAUACAUAUCCUUAGACCAUGCAAAAAAAAAUUUGGGUUCUCAGACAAUCCUUACUUAAAGAUACAUUUUGUAAGAUUUAGAUAAAGAGAUCAUCAUUCUUGCAAUAAUAGCUCAAAACUAGAUAAUGUAAAAUGAAAAUUUUAUUCAAAUUACUUCAUUCUGAGCGAAAAUAUCACUGUUUAUAGUUUUGACAAGAUGUGUGCAUUGUGGUAACCAGGGAACUGGUAUAUUCGAGACUUAGCCAAGCUUUCCCAUUUUUAUACGCCCACAUUUUCAUGUGGACUUAUAUUGUCGUCGCCCCUGUCCGUCCGUCCGUCCACAAUUGUUUGUGAACAGUCUACACGUCACAAUUUUUAUCCGCUUUCAAUGAAACUUUAAAUAUAGGUUUAUCACCCUAAGAUCUGGGUUCCUUUCGAUAUUGGCAUCUAUCGGACUGUAACUUCGUGGAUUAUGGCCGCUGAUUAUACGAAAACUCACGUUUUUGGCUUGUGAACACUGUAGAGGUCACAAUUUUUAUCCGAUUUUGUUGAAACUUGAAAUAAAAGUUUAUAACCCAAAGAUCUCGGUUCCUUUUGAUAUUCGGGCAUAUCGGACCGUAACUUCCUGAAUUAUGGCCCCUGAUUGUACGUAAAAACACGUUUUUUGGCUUGUGGACCCUAUAGAGGUCAUAAUUUUUAUCCGAUUUAGAAAACCGUAUUAUUAUAUCACUGUUAAACCCUAAGGACGGUUGAGUUCGAAUUUCGUGAAAAUCGGCCCAAAACUGACAGACAAAAUGGCCGCCAUUCGUUCUCAAAUAGCGUAAAAAUAUGGUAUAUCAAGGUUGUGGACCCUAUAGAGGUCACAAUUUUUAUCCGAUUUUGUUGAAACUUGAAAUGUAAGUUUAUAACCCAAAGAUCUCGGUUCCUUUCUAUUUUCGCGCAUAUAUGACCGUAAUUUCCUGAAUUAUGGCCCCUGAUUGUACGAAUAAUCACGUUUUUAGCUUGUUUUCUAUCCAUCUCUCGAAAAUGUGGGCGUAUCCUGCCUGGCAGCCGCUGGUUAAAUUAAAUUUUUAAAUGUUGAACCGUUCUAUUCUAGUUAAAAUCUUGAGUAUCCGAUGUCAUCGACAUUAAUAAAUUAGAGCAGAUUUAGCUCAUGCAUAAUGUAUGUUUAAUAUUUUUUAUGUUUUUGAGAAGAGGAAUAUUUUUUUGUUUUUUAUAUGGUAUUAUAUUUUCCUAUUGGUGAUAUUGGGAUAUUCCUAGUUAUGUUAAAUUCGGAUUAAUUUUGUUGAUUUAUGUAAUAAACAGAAAAACAUUUUGUUUAAUUGUCUUUCUUUUCAUUGUGCCUCAGUUGUACGUGACAAGGAGUAGGGACGUCUGUCCGACGUUGUGGGUUUUCUCCCGUUUCCUUCUACAGCUAAAGACCCCUAUGCGCAAGCGAAUUAUUGAAAUAAAAUUGAACCAUAUGUUAGUCCCAAAAUGACCUGUUUUGUGUCAGUGGGCAUUAAACCCCAUUUCUCUCUCUCUCUCUCUCUCUCUUUUCAUUGUGGAUUGAGGUCUCCUUACAUAUAGUAGUUCAAACAAGAAUACAAAGAGAAGCUGUCUGAGCAAAUUCUCCCAAUGUAUUAAGGGAACCAUUGUAAGAGUAGGCCAUACAUAGCGCUGCUGUCUGGGCAACAAUUCCAUAUGCAUGUUUGCAUUAGCUCAGUUUAAAGAUAUGGUAGACGUAGUCAAUGGUACAGGCUUAUACGCAUCAAAAAGUAGAAUCCCCUGCCUACCUUCACAGAUUUUCUCCUGGUUUCUUACAUGGUUUCCCCUUGUCAGUUGUGCAGGAUGGAAGACCUGACAAGCACAACUGUCUAGUCAUUCGGAUGGGGCAUAAAACCAAGGUCCAAUGUAUGUAUUGGCAGUUGGAAUUCGAUAUAUAAUUUCACUGUAUGGCGUAUUCCCGCCUUCAUUAGCCAGUCGGAGCAGAACUGUAGGACAUUAAACCAUAUUUCAUUUUGUUUUCUUUCACUGCUUAAACAUACAUUAUGCAAGAACUAAAUCUGCCUAUUGCAGGUCUUUCUUUAGGGCUGAAAUUUUUUCUAAAUUAUUAAUUAGACAUUAACUUAUCCAGGCCAUAAUCAACUCUCGAUGGCAUCGGAUUUCUCCGAUAUUAAAUAGAUUAGAACUGGAGCGAGACUUCGCUUCGAACAAACAGUACAGUG